AAAAUCAGUACAAGUUGGGAACAACAUAAGUGUGAGAAAAUGAUGACAGGAUUUUCAUUUUCAUGGGUGACUCUAUAAUUAUCCCAAGCUACCGAUUAACCAAAGUUAUACAGUUAUCAAGAAAUAAACCUCUUAAGGGUAAUACAGGUCUUAACUCCCUGUCACAAUUUAUAUUGUGCUAAUGACCUGCUGACUGUUAAUACUGUAAAUGCUCAUUUGUCUCCUUUCCCUUGCACAAGCUGCUUGCUGUUCGCCAGUCAAGUGUCUUUCUGUUCUGUCAUGUGCAGUUGCUGAUUUUCAAGUCACUUUGAGUCACUCCCUGCAGUUAUGAAUAUGCAUGCUUCAUUAUCUUGCAUGGCUUCAGCCCUGAGUAUAGAUUGCAGACAUAAAAUUAACCAUUUAAUGAAAUAUUAACGAUGUUAUACCAUUUGGAAUACAUUUCCACCAUGAAGACAGUCACGUCAUAUCGUAGCUAUCUUUUACAUAUACCUCUCUUCUUUUUUGGUGCUUAUCUAUGUGUGAGUGUUUUCGUAGGCGAAGACUAGUUCAUGCCGUAUCAUCUCCUGCAGCACAUGUGGUUCAUUGCUGUCCUCACGGGGUUCAUGACACAUAGUGAAUGUAUGGGUCUGUACUCAUCCCGAGGGCAGCAAGGUUACAUAACCAGUCUACCUCUCUCUGCUGAACUCCUUCCUGCCCGUUCUCAAAGCUGGAGAGAGAUUUUUCAACGUGGGAGCGAAAGGAGACAACAUUCCAGUAUUCAAGAAGAAGAUCGUAACGUGCACUUUGCAGCACUCCUCUUUCACUUUCCUUCCUUGAGGGAUAGUUUUACACAGCCUACGGUGUCACAUCGUUCUACCGGAGUGCCUUACUAAGCUAAUAGUUGUAUCACACACUCUUUAGAGGGUUACGGAUCAUUUGCCGUAAGCUUCACACAAGAGAGAAUAUUUACCUUGGUAUCUGGAUGUAGAUUUUUGUAAUCUGUACUAAUCCUCUAUGAAAAAGAAGACUCAGCCAGUAAAACUCACCCCACGGGCUGGUAGAAAGACAGGGUCGAGCGUCAGAGAGUGUUUAACUGAUUCUGCGAUGAGCUUUUAGAUAUCACUACGAAGGUGGGAAAGAGCCAGGCUACUGAGCUCAGCAAACUUCGGCUUUUGUAUUUCUGUUAUGGCUUCUAACUGUGGGCCUUUGUGCUUUGUGUUGCGUGAUGUUUCGUGCUCUUCUGCUCCCGCUGUUUGUUUCUGUCACCCUCUUAUCUUUGACGGUGCUGACAGUCCUUAAAUUAUACUGACGAUUUCCCAGUAUAUAUCCUAAACAGGAAAAGCUUGUAGGUGUUGGUUCAGGUGACCAGUCGUUGUCCUUUAUUUGCUCAACUAUGUCCUCCCUCUGUUUCCUUUGGCGGGCUUCCUGUCUGUGAUGAGUGACUGACAGUCCAGAAAGGCUCUGAGACACAUUCAGCAUCACCUGUAAAUAGGCUACACACACAGGGAUGCGCUCCUACAUUUACAAACAAAGCGCUGUGAUUGGCUCGCAGGCGGAGCACACUGGGAUGAGGACGUACUAUUUCAGUGCGGACACACAGGAGGACAUGAAUGGCUGGGUCAGGGCCAUGAACCAGGCUGCGCUGAUGCAAACCCAUACAGUGAAGAGAGACGAGUCGGAUCAUCCAGACCAAGUGAACGUUUCUGAGAAACUCAAGCAGCAGGCUGUUCCUCAGACCAACCACAUCAACAGCUACGUGAUUCCAGAGCCCGAGGUCAUCCAAAGUGACGGGCUGCUGGAGGAGAAGCAGGAAGGGUCUGUCGGAGAAGUGGAGAUUCAGGUUGCUCCAAGAGAGAUGGAGCCGGCGAGGGGUAAAUCUCCAGCGAGCAGGAUAGUGGAGGUGGAGGUUUUAGCUCCAGGGUCGACACCAGCAUCCCAAGUUCCCUCUCGAGCUCCUUCCAGGGCCGUCUCGACCCCGCCAGUGCUGAGGAACGGUACACCCGUAGAGCAGAACGGAAAGCCUGGGUAUCAAAGGGGGCCUACACCAUCUUCUCAAACUCCUGUUCAGGUACAGAGGAGGAGUGCACUGGAGAAGGUGGAGAACUGGGUCAAAGUACAGAAGGAAGAACGCCAGGGGUUUGUAUCUACUGAUGGCACAAUUCCACGUCGAACCCCUUCUAUUCAUCCGAAGUAUGGCACAAUAGACAAAUACCAGUCUUUACCAAAGACCCGCCAACUGCAAAGCCCACCCACUGCUCGCCGUCAGUUGACCAGUGAAUACAAGUAUUCCCAUGACCGGCUUAAUCACUUCCAGAUGACCCACGGCCACAGCCAGCGGCCUGCGACGCACGACAACACUGUGUGGCAGCUCUACGAAUGGCAACAGAGACAGCAGUAUCGCCACGGCAGCCCCACGGCCCCCGUGUACACUCCCGCUCCAGACUACUCCACCGCCGUAUCCUCCACCAGAGUCAACUCAGACAUUGCUCGCUCCAUUUCCGUACCCCCGACCCAGGCAGACAUCCCUCCCCCCGGUCCUCCUGGGCCCAGACUGCUGUCUCCGCGUAGACCCCACACACCUGCAGAACGGGUUACAGUCAAACCUCUGGAGGACAGGCCCACCGUGGAGGUGCCUCCAUCAAACUCUCCUCACCGUCGACGCUCCUAUAAGUCAGCCACGAUAGAAAGACGCUCAAUGCCUCCAUCCGGCUACAUCACACAUACAGUCAGUGCGCCCAGCCUGCAUGGAAAAACACCGGAGGAGCUCACACUUCUCCUCAUCCAGUUACGGAGACACCAGGCCGUGAUGGCAGGGGUGCGCAACAGUGCGCUGGCCCACCUCCGGCAGGUGUCCCGGGUGAAGGCUGAUGACACAUACAUGGACUUGAAGAAGGACCUGGAAUAUUUAGAUCUGAAGGUGAGUGGGACAGAGACUCUGAAAGGACGGCCGGCAAAGCCAGUGAAGGUGGCAGAAAGUGAUGUAGAUGUGACACUGAGUCGAUUGUGUGAGCAAGACAAAAUACUGCAAGAGCUUGAGUUCAGACUCAGUGGACUUAAGGAUGAUAAGGACAAGCUUGAGUCUGUUCUGGAUGUGUCCCACCAGCAGAUGGAGCAGUACAAGGAUCAGCCGGCUCAUGCAGAGAAGAUCGCCUACCAGCAGCGACUUCUUCAAGAGGACCUGGUGCAUAUUCGAGCUGACAUGUCUAGAGUUUCAAAGGAGAUGGAGAGAUCGUGGGAGGACUACAGCAGGCUGGAGCAGUCAGUGGAACAGCUGAGGGACGUCCUGCAGACUCAGAUGAAUCUCUGCACAUCACCUCAGGAGAAAAAUCAGUUGAGGAGGGAGCUCUGGAGGAUAGAGGAUGUGAUGACUGGACUGAGCUCAUCCAAAGAAACCUUCAAAAUCACCAUAGACUCAGUGAAGAACCCAGAGAGAAAACUUGUGCCUUCAAUGAUUGAGUCGACAGUGCCUUCUCGGUGCAUGACCCCAUCCGCAGUCGAGGUACGGUCACCCCAACGCAGUCUUACCUCCAGUCCCUUAUCACUGCCCAUGUACAAUGAAGAUCUUCAGCAGCAUCCUCACUCUGUGCCAAAAUGGGAAGAGGAUGAUGCUCCACCCAGACCACCUUUGCCCCUCCUCUAUGAUGAGGACACACCCCCUGUUGUCCCGCCCCUACCUAAAGAGACAUCGGUCAUCAGACACACCUCUGUCCGUGGCCUCAAACGACAGUCUGAUGAGAGGAAACGAGACCGAGAAAGCAGCUAUGUGAAUGGAGACUGCAGGGUGGAACUGCGGUCGUAUCUGAGUGAACCAGAGCUUCCUGGAGCAGGAACAGAUCAAGUGGACCGAGGCUACCUGACUCUUCAACGAAGAGGUCUAUCAGGCUCUUCAUCCAGAAUAAACCAGUACGGUGUGACUUCCUAUUCACUAAGGAGAGCAGAUUCAGCAUUUUCGACAACAGAGAGACCAAAGAGUGCCUUGGAGCGGCUGUGUUUGGGAGAGUCUCAGCCUGAUCACCCGCCGCAGAGAGGGAGGAUGAGUGCGGAGGAGCAGCUGGAGAGAAUGAAAAGGCACCAGAGAGCUCUAGUGCGCGAGCGCAAACGUAACUUGAGUCAGGGUGAGCGACAGCCCGUGGGCUCCCGCACCUCCACUCGACCAGUCAGCUCUGACCCAGGAUCAGGAUGGAAAAAAGUCAUUGAUUUGCAGCGACCGAAACAGGCCUUGUAUGAUGAAUCACAGCGGCCGGGAUCAGAUGAAUGGCUGACUGUUGAGGCCCGGCCAAUGAAUGCACAGGAGCUGGAGCCGGAGGUGGAGCCGGAGCCGGAGCCGGAGCCUGUGAUCUUUGAGUUUGAUCUUACUCGGGAGUUGUGUGUGCCACAGAAGGUGUCCAUCCCAGAGCGCCUCAUGGAUGUGGAGUCGGAUGAAGACCUGAGUCCAGAAGAGAAGGAGACUCGUUCUCGCACCGUAGCAAAGAUAAAAAGCCUUCUGUCUAAGUCGAGUGGGAAGUCUAUGGAUGCUGAACUGGAUGAAGAGCUGCAGCAGCAGGAGAGGAUCAUGAGCGUCCAUCGAGCUCUCGCCACAGAGGCCUCCAUCAAGAGGAAGCAGGUCACCGCCAGAGCCAUGUCUGAGUGCUAAAUCGUGUCGAGAAGCUUUCUUGGGAACCCAAAGAUCAAUCGUUUUCUGUGUUUUUUUGUACCUAAUACAUAUUUAUAAUUCAGAUCCAAUCAUUCAAGUUCUCUGUAGUUCAAACUUUUAUAUAUAAGAUUGUUUUUUAUUAAUUUUACUGGUGAGCACUUUGAAAGUUAAACUUUCAGUUUUACUAUUCUGACAUAGUUGAUAUUUUUAUCACCAUGUAAUCAUGACGUAAGGUACUUAUACUUUUGCAGUGUUUUGUAUUAUGUAUAAAAAUAUUAAAUUUUAUUUAGAUUGUGGAGUACACUGUAUUUCAUUUCAGCAAAACUGAGUCUUUGUAUAUAGAUUGAUCAUUACAACUUCACAAUUCUUUAUUUAGAGCUCAAGCU